GAUCAGAGUGGGUCAGAGUACUGUUUAAAGAACAACACAUUCCUUAUCAUCUCCUCUAAAAUUGAUUUUUUCCUGUUGAAUAUUGAUAAACUCAGAUUUUAAACUGAAAUUUUGUAUUUACAAUAUAAAUUUAAGUUGGAAAAUUCGGGGAUUAUCGUUGAUGAGGGGAAAAUUUUGCUAUGGAAUAGCCCUACGUUGACACUUGGAGUUUGACAGACAGCACAGAAUUUCACGAGUUUGGAUGAUCAUCGACCUUUGACUCCAAUAAAUGAGAGUGUGCGAAGACGAUAUUUACGUUUCAUCAUUAGUGAUUUUUGCAUUAAAUUUAACGUCACGGAGUACUGCGAAAUACAAGCAUGAAUCAGCAGAGACCAUGCACCACUCAAUUUAGACAGACACCUGGCGUUUUACUAGGUGGAACUCCAUAUGGGCCAGCGGUAGCAGUCUCUCAGCCUCCACCAUUGCCUCCUAGGCGAGUGACGAACUCGUUCUCAUCCUAUGGAGGAUAUAGGCCGAGUUUUAUGGGUGGAUAUGGAGGCUAUAAUUCCUACGGAUUUGGAAGCGGCCUAGGAUACGGCUCCUAUGGAGGAUAUGGAUCAUAUGGUACCUCUUAUAGUAAUGCUUACGGUAAUUUCGGUGGCCCCAGUGGAGAUGUCGAGAACCGAUUCGUCCAAUUCGCCGAGGAAAGCACCAGGCCGGCAUUUCAAUCGAUAGAAUCGAUUGUUCACACAUUUUCUUCAAUUACCAUGAUGUUCGAAUCGACUUUCUUCGCCAUGACUAGCUCUUUCAAAGCUAUUCUCAGCGUCGCUGAAAAUGUUGGAAGAGCUCGCAAUAUGUUUGGGCAAUUGCUCAGUACUUUCGCACUUUUUAGAUUUCUCAAGUGGUUGUAUAAGAAGAUUAUGUUUCAAUUGGGUUUAACCCCAGACGAUCCAAAUUCAGACGCAGUCUGGAGGAGAACAGUGUUGGAGGUAGCAAACGGUGAAAAAACAGGACCCAGCACAUGGCCAAUCAUUAUAUUUCUUAGCCUUCUCGUAGGACUUCCUUACCUAAUUCACAAAUUAGUUUCUCAAAGCAUCCCUCAAAAUGACAUAAACGAGAAGGACCCCAAAGAAUGGUUCAAAUGUAAGGAACCAGUCUUCUCAGCAACCGCAGCCUAUGACUUCACAGCAGCAACUCCUGAUGAGAUGAGUCUAAAAACUGGGCAAAAGGUAUGGCUAGCUCCAGAACCUCUCCAGCCGAAAAAUCUCCCAGGAUGGUGUAAGGCGACGGACAGCGUCAAAAUCGGAUUAAUCCCCUCUAAUUAUGUCACAGUUGUUGGACAAUUAAAGAAAAAACCGGAAGUCGAAACCACAAAAAUUCCAGAAAUGCCCGAGAAUGUAAAAACGGAUACGAAGCUGGAUGAGUGCUUUUCCGAUAUCAAUGAGACUGACGCUACAACUUCACAAGCACAUCCUAAAUAAAUAAAAAUUAUAAUUUACAAAAUUCAUCUUAAAGUAAUGGAUAUUUUAGAUUCCUCAUGGCUUCUCGCAUAUAUUUUUCAAUUUUUACAAUCAGAUCCAUAAGAAUCUAAACCUUUCCUCUGAAUCUUACUUAUAUGCGAAUAAAAACAAAUCAUGAUUUCUAAUUGUACUUGAGAAAUUACUGAGCCAUCUAAUGAAGGAGUAACUAGCCUCUCUCAAAACCUUCCAACGUACUUGAAUACUAUAAUAUUCGAAACUAUUGAAUUUGGAAAUGAAUAUCCAAUUCCAACUUCAAUCGUAAGAAAAAGUCUCGAAAAUCACAAGAAUUUGUAGAAUUUCUAAAUUUCUUCUUUCCAAAGAUCUGAAAAUAAUCUGCACAGGAUUUUUUCCACUUGAUCAUCUUACAAUUAUUCCUUUACUUUAAGACUCAAACAACUAAUCAAUCACAGGAAUAAGAAAAGUGAUAUUUACCUUUUCGCGGGAAUCGCACGUAAUAAUUCUAGGGUUUCCACGAAUUUCUCACUUCAACCAUUUAUUUUCGACGUUCGAAUUCAAUGAUGUACACAAAUGAAUUCAAUUUUGUACGUUCCAAAAAUUAACAAUGUGCCAGGUGGAUAUUAAAGGACUCAAAGAGAAGAUA